UCAGUUUCGCUAAGUCCGUCGGAGAAGCCGGUACCUCUGGAUAUUGGGGUAACUUUUAAGACGAGAGUAAAACUGCAAUCGAAUUAACCGCUCAAGGUAUUCGCCUCAGAAUGGCGGCUGCAAUAAAGGAAACCAACGAUCCGCAGAGUGUUCAUUUUUUUGAGGGGGUUGAAAAACUCCUAGAAAUUUGGUUCACCAGCAGACCCUGCGGUACCACCGAGGAUCCAGAUACUGACAAGGAGAAACAUGAUCUCCGGAAUAUUCCCCGACAAAAAUGGGAAAGCUUGUUAAAAAUCGUAAGAUGCGAGAUAAUCAGCUUCUGUCGGAACGAUCAAAUGGACGCUUACGUGUUAAGCGAGAGCAGCAUGUUUGUCUCAAAGCGUCGUUUGAUACUGAAAACUUGCGGAACCACGACUCCUCUUCAGUGUUUGGAACCACUACUGCAACUGGUUGAACAAUACACAGGAUUUGAAGAAGUUGAGGAUGUCUUCUACUCACGCAAAAAUUACAAGAAACCUGAACUACAGAUAUCCCCGCAUCAAGCAUUCGAAGAAGAAGUAGCUCUGCUUGACACAUUCUUUGAUGAUGGAGAAGCAUAUUGUCUAGGAUCUGUGGACUCAGACUGCUGGUAUUUGUACACCUUGAAUAGACAGAAAUGCUCUGACAUCAAGAGAGAACCAGAUCAGACGUUGGAAAUUCUCAUGACAAACCUCGAUCCUGAGGUUAUGGCUAUAUUCACACGUGAUUUGAGUUCUUCUGCCGCUGAAGCCACCGUUAAGUCUGGAAUUGAAAAACUCAUUCCGAAUAUGAUCAUUGAUGACUUCUUGUUCGAACCAUGUGGAUAUUCUAUGAAUGGCUUAUCGAAAAGUGGCGCUCCAGAGCUGCCCGAUGGAUGUUACAUGACGAUCCACAUAACACCGGAACCGGAUUUUUCUUACGUGUCCUUCGAGAGCAAUAUUCCACAGGCGUCGUACACGGAGGUGAUUCGUCGUGUUCUCGAUACAUUUAAGCCUGGUAAAUUUGUUGUCACCGUAUUUGCAAAUAAGGAAUCUGUGGCUACAGAGAUGCCACGGGAACUAGACCAGGCAGACAAUUUCACUUUUGGUGGAGAUUGGUUGCGCCAUGACGUACAGUACUGUCGUUUCAAGAACUACGACCUAACAUGUGCAUUCUAUUCCAAAUUUCCAAGCUGAGGGUUUGUUGACGCCUCGCUUGUCUAUCAUUCGCAUGAGACAAGUAAGGCAAAAGAUCCCUCUUCUUCUCAUCCCAUAUUCUCUUCUCAUACAUCAAACUCAUUUUACUCCGAUGAAUCCAGUAGCAUUGAACAUUCAACAAGAAUAAAAUUUAUAUCUGGA